GCAUCAUCAAGAUCUUUGCAGCACGAUCGGCCUGUCAUCGAUAAUAGAAAAUUACCAGACUCAGAACCAACGAUGGUCCUGCCGAGUUUCGAACCAGAGAUUCCCGAACAUUGCCAGAACCACAGCAUUUGCGAGGAAGUACCGAACUAUCCCCACGAGUACAUCGACCAGUUACUGCAAAACAAUGCCACGGUGAGAAAUGCAUUAUUCUUGAUGACGGGUGGAUUUGGCGACGCUAUAGGGUGCAAGGCUAAUAAAGAUCCCAUCAAAGUGGAAGUAUGCAAAUCCAAAAUGAACCUGGUUGAAGCUAAGGCUGGUCGAGACGUGAGUGGCCGCUGGUAUUUUCUAGUCGGCGCACAAUCGCUCUGCGAAGAGCUAUGCGUACAUCCUGACAGCCCUUGCGCGCAACCCGAAAACAAGAAUAGUCCCAUCGUAGUUGACCAAGGCUAUAGAGCUACUUGCAAACAGAACUUAAUUGAUAAGCCCAAGAUAGCACUCGACAAAAAUGGUGCUAUUAUCGUUUUGCAGCUCCCUAUAAAAGGUGGUUGUUGCUGUCACGUCACACAAAAGUCACCGGUGUCUUCGUAUUCAUAA